AACAUGGCAAAGAGCAAGGUUCUUGUGGUGGGUGGUACUGGCUACAUAGGCCGGAGAAUUGUGAAGGCAAGCCUAGAGCAAGGCCACCCAACCUAUGUCCUUCAGCGGCCGGAGAUCGGACUCGACAUCGAGAAAGUGCAAAUGCUUCUUUCCUUCAAGAAGGAAGGAGCUCAUCUUGUGGAGGGCUCGUUUUCCGAUUAUAAGAGCCUUGUGGAUGCAGUGAAACGGGUUGAUGUUGUGAUCUGCGCCAUGUCGGGAGCACAUAUGCGGAGUCACAACAUUCUGUUCCAGCUCAAGCUUGUGGAAGCUAUCAAAGAAGCAGGAAAUGUUAAGCGUUUCUUGCCUUCAGAGUUCGGCAUGGAUGUAGCGCGAAUUGCGGGACAUGCAAUGGAGCCUGGAAGAGUAACAUUCGAUGAGAAAAUGACAGUGAGGAAAGCAAUAGAGGACGCCAACAUUCCCUUCACUUAUAUCUCUGCAAACGGAUUUGCUGGUUGGUUUGCCUGCAAUCUCUCCCAAAUGGCACCACUUUUCCCCCCAAAGGACAAAGUCCGUAUUUAUGGAGAUGGCAAUGUUAAAGCUGUUUUUGUGGAGGAAUAUGACGUAGCAACAUACACAAUCAAAACAAUAGAUGAUCCUCGUACUUUGAACAAAACCCUGUACAUUCGGCCACCGGAAAACAUUCUAACUCAACGACAAUUAGUUGAGAAGUGGGAAAAAUUAGCUGGAAAGGAACUAGAAAAGAUCUUCAUCUCGGAAGAAGACUUCCUUGCCUCCAUGAAAGAUUUGGAUUUCAUAAUGCAAGUUGGAGUGUCACACUUUUACCAUAUUUUCUACGAAGGUUUUAUGACCAACUUUGAGAUAGGAGAGGAAGGAGAAGAAGCUUCAGAUCUUUAUCCAGAAGUCAAAUAUACCCGGAUGGAAGAGUACAUGAAAAAUAUAUCUGUGUGA